CGCCCCUGAUCAGGUGUUAAAGUGCAUCAUAUGGAUUUUGGACUCUAAGCCUAAUGGAUUUCAAAGAUCUUAUAAACUUACUUUAUAGUAUACAAUAAUGUUGUGAAGUUUGUCAAGUCAUAUCAACAUGUGUAGUAUCAGUAAUUGUUUGUAUUUCUUUAUUGCACUGGGCAUAAUGGCCUCUAGAAUCAUUGACCGUUUUUUAUAAGCGUGAUGAUCAUGUGAUGAUAUAACAGCCUCUAUAAAUAUUUGAUCUUUUUUGUCCAAAUUCUUAUUUGCAGUCAGUUGAAUUUCAUAUGGGGCACUUCAAUACAUGUUCUGAGUUUCUUUAAAUCAUGUAAGUGGUGCUGCGCUGUAUUUUAAGUCACACUCCAAGCUGUGAAUACGCGGCGCCAUGUCGGGGAAACCUCAGAGACAGAGUCGAACGAUCUUGUGGUGCGUUCCCCGAUCUGUCUCCACGGCCUUAGCACGCUGCCUCGGUGCCAUCGAAGACAUUCAGAUAUGGUUCGAACCAUUCUGCUACUGUUACAUAGCCAAGGUGGAGUUCGAGCGAAUCGCCGGCAGGGUCUUGCCCGAGGACUAUCAGGGAAACGAGCAGACCUUCCUGGAGGCCUCGAGAAUUCUUCAGAAGUUGACAGCAGCAAAUUUCAAACCCGACUUUUUAUCGUAUCCGUCAAUCAAACGAAAGUUAGAAAAAGCUGACAGUCCCCAUGUUUUUGUGAAAGAGAUCCCGAACGGCUGCGUCGACGAAUUACGUCAUCUCCCUCGCGGUUACCGCCACGCCUUCUUGAUACGUCACCCUCUUCGGACAAUCUCGUCUUUUCGGACAUCCGUCUUCCACCAUCUGCUAGGUCAGGGAAAGCUCCAUGGUGAGGCUGCAGAUGAAGCGACCUUUGACCUCGUCAAACACAAUCCCUACUACGCUUCCGGCUACCACUUCAAAGAGAUCCACACCAUCUGGAAGUUUGUGCGGGAGAAUACCGAUUGCUCCCCGAUCGUCAUCGACGGUGACGAUUUGUUAGCGAACCCUUCCGGAUUACUGCCGAAGUUUUGCCGAGCCGUGGGACUUCCAUACGAUGAUGGUCUUCUGAACUUUGACCCGUCGAUCGAAUCGCUUAAUUCCUGGGUCACGGGGGCUGAUGAUAUGCUCAUGAAUAUUGUUAAUUUUUAUAAAGUUGCCAUGACGAAAACCCACUUUCUAUCAGCUAGAGAGAUGCCAAGACGUGAUCAGGUGACCCAUGACGUCAUCAGAUGUGUUGAUGAGGUCAUACCGCUCUACACCGAAAUGUAUGAAACGAGAAUCAAACUGCCUUAAAAAUUGUUGUAGUAGUUGGAUAUUGCAAUGUUCACAUAUGAAAUGUCAUUUCCUGUGUAUUACUUCAUCACAUUCAUGGGUUGAGGAUCUAGGUCAUUGUCAUGCAAAACGUCGGAACUUAUCAUCAUUUACUUUUCCCAGGCAUGAAAAGGGAUAACAAUAAAAAUCAAGCCAUGUUAUUUUAUGCAAAUCGCUGCUUUUGUAAAGCAGAUAUAAUCGCGAUGGUCUGGGUGUUUGGGGAGGGGGAGGCAGUGGUAGUCACGGGAGUGUUUUGGCCAAGGAAAUAAGUUAGAGAAAGGAAAUCUUAAAAUCAAUCUCCUAGCUAAAGUCCAUACAGUUUUGCGCAAAUCCUGUUCACGAACUUUUUAAAAGUAAGUGGUGCUCACUCAAGCGGAAUGAUUUGUCGAUAGUCAUAAUCGCUUAUUAAAAGAGACCUGUACCAAUUA